AUGGAGUCUGCCGCCGUGUCGCAGCUGUUCAAGCAGCUUUUUCAACAUCGUCCGUGCCGAACAUGUCUCGGUCGUCAACUUCGCCAUGCCCCUCGCCGGCUCUACAGCUCCGAGAAGCAAUACACAAGCCCCAACUACCAGGGUCGCAAGAAGGAAGAGAGCAAGAUUGAGAGCAACUGGCAACAACGCAAUCUUGCCUUCCCUCCGGACAAGCUAGAAGAAUACAAGAGAUACCCCCAAGUCACAUCCGAUGGCCUUCGCGCAAGAAAGGAACGACCACGACGAGUGCGCAUGCUGAUGCGCGACUUCAUCGAAGACUCUCUCUACAACCCACAAUACGGCUACUUCAGCAAACACGUCGUCAUCUGGACUCCUGGUGAACCCUUCGACUUCAACCAACUUCCCGACGAACAAUCCUUCUACCGCGAAUAUGGCCAACGCUACAAUGACUUCGAGGAUCAACUAGAUGCAAAAGUAUACAACGAGACUCGCCAACUAUGGCAUACUCCUACCGAACUCUUCCGUCCUUACUAUGGAGAAGCCAUCGCAAGACACCUGGUCGCAAAUUACAAGUUGCAGCUAUACCCCUACCACGACCUUCUCAUCUACGAAAUGGGUGCCGGUAACGGAACACUCAUGAUGAACAUCCUCGACUACAUCCGCCAAACGGACCCAGAAGUCUACGCUCGCACUCGCUUCCGCGUCAUCGAAGUCUCCUCUGCUCUUGCGUCCAUCCAAGGCAAUCAACUCAUGAGAAACGCCCAAGCAAAAGGUCACGCAGACAAGGUCUCCAUCAUCAAUAAAUCAAUCUUCGACUGGGAUAUCUAUGAAGCCUCUCCCUGUUUUUUCCUCGCCAUGGAGGUCUUCGACAAUUUUGCCCAUGACGUUAUUCGUUAUGACCCAAUCACCGAAGAACCACUCCAAGGAUCCGCCUUGAUCGAUGCAAAUGGCGAUUUCUACGAAUUCUACUCUAGGGACAUCGAUCCUGUUGCCUCCAGAUUUUUGAGGGUGAGGGAUGCUGCAUGCAGUUCCUUUGCCUAUAACCACCCUUUGCGCAAUUCUCCAGCCAUGCUCCGAAAAUUGAAGAGCAAACUGCCAUUUUCUCCAAACUUGUCGACCCCAGAAUACAUCCCUACACGCCUGAUGCACUUUUUCGACAUUCUGCACAAGUACUUUCCAGCGCACAAGUUGGUCACUAGCGACUUCCACGCUCUGCCGGACGCGGUGGAAGGUGUCAAUGCGCCGGUUGUGCAGACUCGCUAUCAACGAAGAAUGGUUCCUGUCACCACACCACUGGUCCAUCAAGGUUUCUUCGAUAUUCUCUUCCCCACUGAUUUUGCGGUCAACGAAGCUAUUUACCGCGCCAUCACUGGAAAACUCACACGGGUAAUGAAGCAUGAGGACUUUUUCAAGAGAUGGGCGUAUGUGGAGGAUACGCAAACCAGAAAUGGAGAAAACCCUCUGUUGAGUUGGUAUAAGAAUGCCAGUGUGAUGAUUACUGUCUAG